GAAUGAAACUGUUUUACACCAGUUCUGUUGCCCAGCAGCUGAUGCGGAGCAGAAGCCUUCAUCUCCAGACUCCUCACCAAGAUCGAAAUGCUAGAGCACAAAUACGGCGGUCACCUGGUGUCUCGCAGGGCAGCUUGCACCAUCCAAACCGCCUUCCGGCAGUACCAGCUCAGCAAGAACUUUGAGAAGAUCCGCAACUCGCUGCUGGAGAGCCGCAUGCCGCGCCGCAUCUCCCUGAGGAAAGUCCGCGUCCAGAACUCGGAGAGCUUCUCCGCCGAGAAAGCCCUGGUGGAGGGAUACAACUUCGUCGGCAUCCCAUUGGUGAGGUCCCCGUCCUUGCCCGCCACCAUCAGUGGGGCCCUGACUGAGCUGGAGGACUCCUUCACAGAACAAGUUCAGUCCCUGGCCAAGUCUAUUGAUGAUGCCCUCAGCAACUGGAGCCUGAAGACCAUGUGCUCCCUGCAAGAUGGGGGCUCAUACCAGAUAAGGGAGACCUUCAGUGCUAGCUCAAUGCAGCCAAACCAAGACUUAGAAGCUGAGCUGCAGGACAAGGAGAAGGAGGAAGGUCUCCUGCCAGAUACUCUACCCAAAAGCAGCAGUACUCUCAUGAUGGCUUUUCGAGAUGUCACAGUCCAGAUUGACAACAAGAACAUCUCUGUCUCGUCAUCUACCUCGGUGUCCAUGGCAAACUGCCUCAGCAGCAAUGAGCAGGCUGGGCUCUCUCAAGCUAUCAAGGCUGAAGAAAGCCCAGGAGAAGGGGAAGGAGAAGCCAGUGAACCACCAUCUGCUCCAGAGAGCUUACCUGAGUCCAGAGCUCUCCAGAACAGCCACACUUUCACCGAGGUGGAUGUCAGUACUAAUGGCAUGGGAGACAGCAGUGCUGAGACUGAUCAGAUGGCAGUGCAGAAGCUCCAAUUUGAUGCUGGCAAUGAGGCGGGGCAAAGCAAAGGCUCUGAGUCUGAAAAUGCAGAUAACUCAGAGCAGCUGAGCAGCAGCAGCACCUCCACUUCAGCCAAGUCAGCCUCUGAGGUGUCCUCGAAAGAAGCACUGCAGGCCAUGAUCCUCAGCCUCCCCAGGUACCACUGCGAGAACCCCGCGAGCUGCAAGUCCCCCACGCUCUCCACAGACACCAUGAGGAAGCGCCUCUACCGCAUUGGACUGAACCUCUUCAAUAUAAACCCAGACAAGGGGAUCCAGUUCCUGAUCUCCCGAGGCUUCAUCCCGGACACCCCCAUUGGGGUGGCACACUUUCUGCUCCAGCGGAAGGGCCUCAGCCGCCAGAUGAUUGGGGAAUUCCUGGGAAACAGCAAGAAGCAGUUCAACAGAGAUGUCUUGGACUGCGUGGUGGACGAGAUGGACUUCUCAGGCAUGGAGCUGGAUGAAGCCCUGCGGAAAUUCCAGGCCCACAUCCGCGUGCAGGGGGAGGCACAGAAGGUGGAGCGGCUAAUUGAGGCUUUCAGCCAGAGGUACUGCAUGUGUAACCCAGAUGUGGUCCAGCAGUUUCACAACCCGGACACCAUCUUCAUCUUGGCCUUUGCAAUCAUCCUCCUCAACACGGACAUGUACAGCCCCAACAUCAAGCCCGACAGGAAGAUGAUGCUGGAGGACUUCAUUCGCAAUCUGAGAGGGGUGGACGACGGUGCUGACAUCCCACGGGACUUGGUGGUGGGAAUCUAUGAGAGGAUCCAGCAGAAAGAGCUAAAGUCUAAUGAGGACCAUGUGACUUAUGUCACCAAAGUGGAGAAGUCCAUAGUUGGAAUGAAAACGGUUCUGUCCGUGCCCCAUCGCCGGCUGGUCUGCUGCAGCCGCUUGUACGAGGUGACCGACGUGAACAAAGUGCAGAAGCAGGCAGCUCACCAAAGGGAAGUUUUCCUCUUCAAUGACCUGCUGGUGAUCCUCAAGCUUUGCCCGAAGAAGAAAAGCUCCUCAACGUACACAUUUUGCAAGUCAGUCGGCCUGCUAGGGAUGCAGUUCCAUCUCUUUGAGAACGAAUAUUACCCCCAUGGCAUUACACUGGUGACUCCAGUUUCAGGCUCAGAGAAGAAACAGGUACUACACUUCUGUGCUCUGGGUGCUGAGGAAAUGCAGAAGUUUGUAGAAGAUCUGAAAGAGUCAAUAGCAGAAGUGACAGAACUGGAACAGAUACGAAUUGAGUGGGAACUGGAGAAACAGCAAGGGACAAAGACUCUCUCAUUAAGGACCAACGGAGCCCAGAUGGAAUUGCAGUCUAAGCAAGGCUCUCCAACAGGCAAGAAGGAUUUGGGGGAGAAGGUCUCGGACAGCACAGUGGAGGUGUCAAUUCACAACAGGCUUCAAACGUACCAGCACAACUCCGCCCUGGGGCCCGAGAGUGGAAUGCAGCCCAGCAUGCGUCUUAACAUGCCACGGGAGCGGCUGGAGACAGCACUGGUGCCCGCGCACCCCGCCUCGGCGGGGACACUUGUACAGUGCCAGCAGAUUGUCAAAGUCAUUGUCUUGGACAAGCCGUGCCUCGCUCGGAUGGAGCCGGCCCUCAACCAGACUCUGACACGCUAUGUCACCUCUGACUCCUGCACCUCCACCCCCUGGCGCAGUAUGGGCAGCGGGCUCCCUGGGACCCCCAUGAAGCUGGUCCAUCAGCCUCCCCUGCCCCCUCCACCACCUCCCUACAACCACCCCCACCAGUAUUGCCCCCCCCAGCUCCCUGCUUCAGAGGCGCAGGUACUCCAGUGGCUCACGCAGCCUCGUGUAGCCACACCACCAGCACCAAAACAGCACAGACUACCCCGCUUCCCCUCCCCACCACCUCCCAGGGACCCUUUCUGCCUACAGAGAUCUAGUUUGUGAUGUAUUUUUUAGUAAAAGAAGAAAAAAAGAAAAAAAAAAAGCCAACUGACCUAACUCUUACCCUGUCUCCCCUCAAGAUGAUGCUAAUUGUGAGGAGCCAUCUGUAGAACCUGCCAACCUACACGCUCACACAUCCUCACACCCUGCCAGCCUGGCUGGCCUCUGUGCUCGUGCCGUCCCCAUGUAGCACUUUGCUGCCCUGUUCCUGAGAGGCUUGAUGACCUGCUGCUUUCUAGGCACUGUGUCUUCCGUUUCCUACUCCUCGACUUCCUUUCCUGCCUUGCAUUUACCUGGCCAUAGAUUUGUACCCAUCCUAAAAUUUUGCCAGCCUUGGAGAGAAAUGGACUCACCCGUGCCAAGGACCAACCUUGGGGCACUCCCGGGGGUGGAGUUCUCCCUGCCACCACUGCUGCCGCCUGCAAAGCUGGAGCUGAGAACUUGUACCACUUGCCAUGCUUUCUCCUCAUCACCCUUCAAGUAUUAUCUCCUUGCAGCAGCCGGCUCCAAGCGAAGGAGUGCACGAGGGAAAGAGAGUUUGAGAGGAGGAGAGACUGUCCUGAGCUGCAGUACAACGCAAAGAUGGCCUCACUGAACACCAAAACUAUUUCUGUUGUUAUGUUGGAUCAUUGUACCAGAGACCUCUGCUGAGACCUAGCAGACCUCACCACAUGUAAAUACACCUGUAUGGUAGCGUAUGUAUGGCGCAUGCUUACUAAAGGAAACACCAAGCAGUUCUGAGGGAGCAGAAGGGAGGGAUUCAGUCCAGGGAUCUUCCUGGAAUGGAUGUGUACUUUUCCAAAGAGAUGGCACCGCGAGGUGCCCUCCCACCUCAACACACACACACACACACACACACACACACACACACACACACGAUUGUCUUCUCUAAAACAGACCCACCUCUGCUUUCCUCCUUCCAGCUGAUUUUGUGUUUCCUGCCCACCUGCAUUUUUAUAUUCUGAAGGCAAAGCCAAGUGUUACAUUCACCUUCUGGGGUGGAUGUUCUUCCCUUCACUUGGGCUCUUCCACCUGUGUUAGAGGGAAGGGGCUUUUUGCAGACCACUCAUGUGAGGUUCCAUCUGUAUCUCUUGCCUAGCUGUACUCUUGCAUCCAUCAGCCCUUCCUAUAGGAAAGCUGGCCAGAUACCAAACUCCAAGGCCUCUUCUCCUGUCUCCCUCUCUGUCCCAGCUUCAAAAUGAGGGGAGGGGCAGAUCUCGAGAUAGAGAUGACAGCUCAGCUCCUCUGCUUUAUCAGGGACAUUGAUGUGAAGGAAGACAGCAUUAAAAAUGGGCUAUGGAUGUAUUUUUAGAAAAAAAAAAAUCUCUUUGAGCAGUAGGGAGGGGAAGGUAUUAAUUAGCUUAAAGGCUUUGGUCUCGCUCACUCAUUCUAUCUCCCUUCGAGGCUUAAGAAGAUCAACUUUAGGAUUUUAAAAUAGGACAGAAUGCCUUUCAGGGCCUUUAUUUUUAUUUUAUUUUAUGAGGGAAAGACAGAAAUACUCUUCCUUCCCCUGCAAGGCUGAGACAUGAGCACUGGGUGCUGAUGAUGCAACAGUUGGGUGAGGAAUAGCAGGAGUUGUCAGCAGUGGUGGGGAUGUGCAAAGUAUCAGGGAAAGAGGGACAGUGAAGACAGAUGCAGGAAACUCUUUUUUACCUUGUGGGGUAAAAACCACAUGAAAAUUUCUUUAGGGAUUGUGCCAGAAUGCUCAUAUUUGGGGUUAUUGCCAGUGGCAAAAACCACAGUGGAUCAGGGACUGCCUUGGCUCCCCUCGGUGCUCUCUGGAUGCCUGUGUGGUGGUGCUGCCUGUGCUGAAAUGUUCACAUGUGUGACCUGGGCUUAAGCCCAUCUGGGGUUAGGGAAGAGGACAGGGGCUGGAGUGAAGGGUCUCCUGUGCUUGGCCAGCCCUCCAGGGCAGGAGCCUGCUCACUUCCAGAUCCCCUUAUGUCUGAGGUGACUCCUGGACCCAGAUGUGCCAAGAGGUCUGGGUUGUUUUCUUGGCUGUCUGGAGCAGAGCACUAGGCUGCUGCUUUUAGACCCCCUAAGAAAUGUACUGACCGGGAGCUGACAAGCAAGCCUCAGGGAGGGCUGCAGAAGCAGAUGACAGAGAAGAUUGUAAGAAAACUCUGAACAGAAGCCAAAUCUCCCUCCAGACCAGAGAAGGUUUCUUCUAGCCAGCCCCUCGGGGCAGUUUGGAUGCUCCACAUUGCAAAGCCGGACACAGGGAGAGGUCCUCACCCCUAGCCAGGGCUCAGCCCCUCACCCUCCAGCCAGCUGUGAGGCACAGCUGGCCUGAUCUGCUGCUUACUCCCUCCAGGGUGACACCCUGACACCUCACUGCAGCCAGGAUCUCAUCAGAGAUGCCUGUAGCUUCCUGAGAAAGAUGUGUGGCUUCUGCCAUUGUCCAGACAGUGUAAGUCAAUGUGUGGCUGCUGGUUAAUUUUUACUCACUGCUGCAACAGAAACGGUGGCAUCCAGGAGGCACUGGCACUGCCCUCCCUUCCCAGCAGUUACUUUGCUGUCUGAGAGGAAUGGCAGUACUUGUUCAGUUUUUUUCCCAGAGUGCAGUGAGCCAACGAAGCUCUGUGUGUGUGUUAAAAUAAAUAAAUUAGAUUUUACUUGACAUUUAACACAAAGUGACAACAGCAAAAAACCUUAAGGUACUUGAGGAAAUAAUUUUUUUUAGAUAAAAUAUUUAUAACAAUGUCUGUGAAGCUCCUACAAGAGAUGUUUGCUGCUUUAAUAAUUGAUUGGGAGAGCUACAAAAAUUUAAAGAAGAAAUAAGGAAGCUUCCAUGAGACUCCUUUCUUCAUGCUGGAUGAAGGGUGGAAGCGAGUUAACCGAAGUGCCAAGGUACCUGAGGCACAGUAUUCUCUCAGGGCAAGAGGCUCCGUUUCCCUGACCUUACAAAGGCUACUGCUGGCCUUGAGCCUUGGAUAGAGAAGCAAAUGGAGAUAACCCUUGCUGUCUUCUAGCCUGCUGGCUACCACAUCUUCUGUUGUAUUUGGCUGGAGAGACACAAAACUACUCUAUUCCAGGUUGUCAUGGAGCAGGUUGAUCUAAAUUCUACUGUGUAGCUGAGCCCUUCGGACUUCACUUCAAAAUACAGAUUUUUUUUUUUUUUCCUUUGGAGGUUGGUCUCGAAGGAUGACAAGCACUUUAAAACUUAUCUGCACCUCAUCUGAUCUAUUGUAUUGUCUGCUCCCACAGCCCUCCCACACGCCAGCGAGACACAGACUCAGUGUAGCUGUACUGCUGUGAGUAGACACCCUUGCACACAGACUGAUGGAGUGCAGGCUAGAAGGAGCGUGUCAGUGACAACCUAAUGAAGGACAAAAUGUGUAACACAGCUCACCCAGAGGGAUCAGCCCAAAGAAAAAUCACCAGCUAUUGACAGCAGUGAUUCUGAUCAUGGACCUAGCACAAUCUUUCAGGUGGAAGGGUCAGGCAGGAAGCUGCUGCAGAGAUUAGCUCAACCCAAAUGAAUGUCUUUUUGCUGCCAAAUUCAUGUCCUUUUAUAUUAAAAAAGGAGACAGGGAGGGGAGAGAAAAGAGGAACCCAGUGAAGAGUACUCUGCAGUGAGUAUUGGAUAGUCAGUGGCCAAAUGAGAAGGUGGCUUUGCUGGACAGUAGGAGAGAACAAGGUGUUACUGACGUUUGCAGAGCUGUGUUACACAAUCUGUCAGGCUCCAUCCUGAUGCUUUCUCAUGAUGAUGCAGGCCCAGUGAAAUUCAUCUGUUUGCACCACUAGCAAAGGGAUGGGAAAAUGCAACAGGAGAAUCAGCUUUGCAAACAAUUUGGGUUUAAUGCAGUGUUUGUCGUCUGCUGUGGUACUUUUUUAUGCCAUAGUCAGGCCCACUGGGAUAGAAACACUUAGUGCUUUCACGAGGCUUUCAAAGCAUCCCACUGUUUAUGUUUUCUCUCUUUCCUGUAGAUAAAAGGCGUGAGUAUGGUCCACAACCAGAAUUUCAUCAAUACUCAUACUUCCUCACAAAAAGGUACCACCAGAUUUGGAGGUAUUUGAGGGCCUCUGAGCUGUAAGGGUUUGAGUUUUGUUACAUUUUUCAGGAGGCUCAACCUGCAACUAUCUGCACGUGUUUGUGAGGUUUCCAAAACAAAUCUGAGCCCUAAAUCAAGGAUGCUGCUGCUUGGUGGAGUCUCUGCUUUGAAAUGCAAGUUGCUGAGCAAGCUCCCCCAUCUCCCACUCCACCAGCUGCCUCACUGUGCUAGUGUAGGCUCCAGGGAUUGCCAGCAGUGUUUUGUGAGCUAGAGCUGUCCUUGUUCUGCCCUCUCUUUUGCAGCCAUGCCUUGGACAGCAGCUUUGAAGUCACCCAGCUCUUCAACACUAGUCACCGCCCCAUCUGAAUGUGUCUUUUUAAAAUCUAACAACAGAAGUGUUACCUGUGCGUAGGCUUUUGAAAGCACCUGUCUGUCUGUACCUGUCUCCUGCUGUAAAUACCACCAAGAAAAGCUUCCUUUGGGAAAAGUGGUGUGGUCACACCUAGCAAACAGUCCAAAUGGCUAACAUUUUGUAACAAAACAACAAAAAUAGAUCAGAGGUAUUUUAUCUGUUCAACUAAUAGAGUUUUAGAAAUUAUAUUGAGAUAUGUCACUUGUGGGCUAAUGUCUUCUUUGCCUCAGCCCCCCUCCGGUGUCCCUGGGCUCCAGCGGCGUGCGCCGGCGCACGGCCACACACACCAAGGGUGUGCUCCCACGGAGUGCUGGGCAUCCUGGCCUCCUGCUGGCCUCGGGGGCAGCCUGCUGCGGCUACUGCUGAUUUUUCAUCAAAAGCAGCAGGAGCCAGCUCAGUGCUCAGACCCUCUGAGGAUCAGAUCCAGAGGAAACCAGGGAGAAAUAAACUUGUUCAAGAGACAUCAACUUAAUGUGAAAUUCAACCCUGCGGUGAGGCAGAGAGGAAACCAGUGCGGGGGGGGAGGGAGGCAGAGUUCUCCUGAGCUGCAGCUCCUUCCUUCCCAUCUUGCUGGAUGCUCAUGGCUGUGCACUCUGCACCUCUGGGGAAGGAGGCCCACAUACCCUUGCAGGGCUCAUGGUGCUGUGGCAGGAGAGCAGCUUCACAUGUGCCAGCUGGCCACACAGCAGCCCGUGCACCCAGAGACAGCAGCACAUACUGUGUGUUAAUGCACACACCAUCUGCCAACACGUAGGACUCUACGACAGAUAGCGUGUAGGCAUCUCUGCUGUCCGCGGAGCAGAGUGUGCUGUGUAAAAAUUUUGGGCAUGUGCAGCCAUGUACUGCCUGAGCAGGACAGCUGUGCUGGCUGCAGUUACCAUCACAGCACAUCUCAUAGGCUACGUAGGCUCAGGCUUGGUUAACAUUUGGAUGGGAGACACGUAAGGAAAAUGACAUUUCCCAUGCAAAUCCGAGUGACGUGCAUAUUUACACAAAGCAUAACCCCAAGGUUAAUGAAACUGACCUUUGAGGGAGAAUCAAACAUGUGCACCCAAAGCAAGCUCUCCUCUGCAAUGGGUGGGGGGAGGCAAGAUACAUCUUUGCAGCUGAGUCGAAUAGAUGCUGGAUUCAGAUUGCUCCUGCUAAAAAAACGCUUGUCUGUAGGUUGCAAAUUCUUUGCUGGCUUCAAAGAAUCCCUUAGAUCCCCCGGCCCACCGUGAAACACUUGGGAGGACAGAAAUCUCUCUAAGAAACAGACAGGGAAUUUCCCAGGGAUUCAGAGGCUUCCAUUUAUGUUUUUGUGUGCCACGGAUAUAUUAUAAAUAAGCCCACUCCAAACAGUCAUUUUCUAAGAUGUUUUGAAACAGAAGAUUAUUGAAGUUUCUGCCUGAUGUUUAGAUCACACACCUGGCUGUAAAGAUGAAAGCAAUAAAACCAGAUUGUCUAUA